UUUUCCCUGAUCUCCAUGCAGCCACCCGGGAGACGUGAAAAAACCUUUGAUAACGAGUACAAAAUGGAGCAGUUGAAAGAUAAUGAAGAAGAAAACAUAGAGUGGUCUGCUGAGGUUCCCGACGAACCAGAAGCAGACCCGUUGCUCCCUGACGAUGUUGGAGGGCAAAUGCCCACUGAACAGUACCAGUGGGACCAGUCGGACGUGAUCACAGAAAGUAUGCAUGGAGACGAGGUGGUGAUGGGGGACUUUGAGGGUUCGGAAAACAAAGGCACUUUUAAUAACGAAGUUGACCCAUUGAGUGAGGAUCCCCUCGGGGGAGAAUACUGUGUUGAAAAUGAAGAUGGGAACAGUGGGGACCCCGGGGACCAGCGCCUGACAGAAGUGAACCCCCUAGAAAAUGACAGUGAACCAAUGGAGACACAGACCUUUGAGGAUCAUGAGGGAAAUAAUGGUGCUUUUGUCAAUAGUGAGAGAACUUCCCCAGACAAUCCCGAAGGCCUGGUUGUGUGUGGCGGCAAUGCCGAGCCCAGUGAAGUGAUUGGCGAAACAGUGAGUGGGGAUCAGGGGGGCGUGGUGGGGAGCCCGAAGGAAUGCGAGGGGAGUGCGAGCCCCGCGGGCAAGGAAAGGGAGGAGAGUGGUCCCCAGCUGAAUGAUGUUCUUAGGUGUGACGAUGGGGAAGAAAUAUGUACAAAUAAAGAGGAGGACAGUAUUAAUGAGAAUGCGAAGACACCCGUUGAUCCCUUGGAGGACGUGGGGUCGGAUAGGGAGUGUAAGAAGGGUGGGAGCGAUGGGGAGGACGAAGACGAGGAACACAAAACGAAAAGACUAAAGGCGAAAAGACGGCAUGUCAGUGGGUCCACCGACCUUUCCGCCCCAGCCCCCAAAAUAAAGAGAAAGUGCAGAGCCUCCUCAGACGACGAGAAGGAGGACAAUGACAAGGAUUGGAAGAAAAAGAGAGAGGACGGCAGGUCCUCCGGCGAUGAGGACAACUCGGACGACGACGAAGAGGCCCGCAGGCGCAAGAUGAGGAGACGUAGUGGGGCCGCCACUGGCCUGAGUGUCAAGCCCAAAGUGAAGAAUUUGCGCCGGAACAUUAGGGACAUUAUUAGCGACGAUAAGUUGGAGGACGACACACUCAACGCACAAAAGGAGGAACAGUUGCGUUUGCAACGGCUGCAGGAAAAGAGACUCGCUCUCAGAGAGUAUUUAGAACAACAACAGGUUGAACGUCUCGUAGCAGAAGUUAGUGCAGUAGCGGAAGUCAGCAAUCUAGAAGCGGAGGCAGAGGCAGAAGAAGCAGAAGGCGAAGGUGAAGCCGAAGGAGAGGUACAAGUUGGCACUGCCGCACCUUCGGAUGACUCGGACAUCGUGGUUCUGUCGUCUGAAGAGGAUGCCCCUCGACUAAAAGCAAAUACUAGUGACGCUGAUGUUCAAGCUGAAGUUGAACAAGAGGAAGAAGAGGAGAUGAAGGAUGUGAGUGAAGACAGCAAAAUAAAAGAGGAAUUAGAAGGUUUGGAAGAAGAGGAGGAAAUUGAAGAAGAGCUCGGCGAGGAGGAAGAAGAAUUGGUUGAAGGGGAGGAGAAGGAAGAAGUCAUCAAGGUGAAACAGGAGAAGGUGGACGAAAUAAAGGAAGAGGAGGAGGAGGAGGAAGACGAAGCCAAGUCAUCAGGAGAUGAGAGAGAAGGGGAGGAGGAAAAGUCCGGGUCGGACUCUGAUGUCGUCAUCCUCUCCGACCACUCGGACGAAGACGACGGGGAGAUAGAGGACACGACCAGCUCUGGAGCUCACAUUAACGACGCAUUCAACAUCCCUGAUGCGCAGGGCCGCGUCUUGGUCAAUGUAGGGCACCCAGAAGGCGAGGAGGACAUUUUCCUAGCACCGCAACUGGCAAAGCACGUUAAGCCUCACCAGAUUGGGGGAAUACGAUUUUUGUACGAUAACAUAGUGGAAUCUCUUGAGCAGUUUAAGACUUCAAAUGGUUUUGGCUGUAUCUUGGCUCAUUCCAUGGGCCUUGGAAAAACUUUGCAGGUUGUGGCCUUCACGGAUGUAUUUCUAAGACACACAGAGUCCCGGUCGAUACUGAUCAUCGUGCCAAUCAACACCAUUCAGAACUGGCUGGCAGAGUAUAAUAACUGGCUUCCUGAGGGCCAAGAUCCUGUAAUGACUCCGGAUGGAUAUGAAGUAUGGCCGCGGAAAUUCAAGGUCUUCGUCUUGAACGAUGCGCUGAAAAAUUUGAACCAGAGAGCGAGGGUCAUCAACGACUGGCACGAACAAGGUGGCGUCCUCUUGAUGGGCUACGAGCUGUACCGUCAACUGUCCCUGAAGAAGCCAAAAAAGCCAAAAAAGAAGAAAAAGGCCGCCGCGGCAGACAACAAAGAAGUUGUGGACAUUGAAGAGGAAGACAAGAACAAAGAACUUUUAGAUGAAAUUCAGAAAGCGCUUGUUAAGCCUGGUCCUGAUCUCGUUAUCUGUGAUGAGGGCCACCGAAUCAAGAAUGCCCACGCCAACAUCUCUCAAGCUCUCAAGAACAUUCGUACAAAGAGAAGAGUCGUCCUGACAGGAUAUCCUCUACAAAAUAACUUGAUGGAAUACUGGUGUAUGGUUGAUUUUGUCAGACCUAACUAUUUAGGUACAAAGACCGAAUUCAGCAACAUGUUUGAGCGACCAAUUCAGAAUGGACAGUGUGUGGAUUCUACACCGCAGGAUAUAAAGCUGAUGAGAUACAGAUCUCAUGUUCUCCAUUCGCUCCUCGAAGGAUUUGUCCAAAGACGAGGUCAGACUGUUCUUGCUAUGACACUUCCCAAAAAGGAGGAACAUGUUCUCCUCUGUCGAAUGACAGAGAUACAGAGGAAGCUGUAUUCGACAUUUAUGGCCGAACUAUCAGCCACAAAAGCUUUAGCCAAUCCGCUCAAAGCUUUUGCUAUUUGUUGCAAGAUUUGGAACCAUCCAGAUGUUCUCUACAACUUUGUACAGAAGAAAAUGAAUGAGGACUUUGACUUGGACCUGGACGAUCUGGAAAGUAAGGCCAAGUCCCGUCGAGCUUCAAACGUCAAUACGCCCAACGCACCCAACGUUACUGUGCCUUCUCACUCAGCUCCCCCCAACUGGCAGCCACCGGGAGCACAAGUGGGACGCAACAUGAUGCCACAACUUCCUGUCAGUUCAAAUAUGGGCAUGACCCCUCCUGGCACCAUGAAUUCACAGGUUCCUAUGGGCCAACCGAUGAAUAUGAACCAACAAAACCCCAUGGGUAUGCAACAAGGCAACAUGGGUUUCCAUGAUCCAAUGGGUAUGCCAAUGAUGCACCAUGGAAUGGCUCAACACAGGGAGAAUCAACCAGGCCUUGCUAAUUACGGCCUUGGAGGCCACCCUCACCACCAGAACUAUGGGAUGCAGAUGCCGUAUCCCUGGUAUAACCAGGGGUACGGCACAACUGACCCCAACAGAGGCCACUAUCCUCCUCCGUAUAAUAACCCGUAUGCAAACCAGUAUCACCACAAUCCACCUGUCAGUCAGUCACUUCCUCCUGGGUAUCCUCAGAAUCAUAUGCACAACUCCCCAAUGGGGAUGCCUCACAACAACCCCACAGGGCAACCAAUGGACCUUGGUAACCCACAAGGGCAGCCAAUGGAUCUUCAUAACCCUAUGGGUAUUCCUAAUCCACAAAGACAGCCCAUGGGCUUACCCCAGAAUCCCCAAGGACAACCGUUAGGAGUUCUGAAUCACCCACGCCCACCUCUAGGAAUGCCAAAUCAUGCUGGACAGUCCCUGGGAGGGCCCAAUCCUCCAGGGCAGCAAGUAGGAGUACCUAAUCAGAUGGGGAUGCAGAAUCAUUCAGGUCAGCCUAUGGGUGUCUCCAGCCCCGGAGGACAGAUUCCUCCAAGUCAAAACCUUGAAGCUCUUAAUCUGUCUGGUCCCCCCAUGGGAGUUUCCAAUGCAUCAGGACAGCCUGUAGAUGCUCAGAACAACCAAGGGCAAAACAUGGGAGGUGCAAAUCAUGGAGGGCAGCCAGUUGGAAUGCCAAACAUGAUGAACCAACCCAUGGGAGGGCCAAACCAAACUGGUCCAGGGAUGAGACCCAUGAAUAUUCCCGGACAGCCUCUAGGUGGCCCUAAUCCCUCUGAACAGCAGCAGCUAGGCAUGUCAAAUCCAAACGGGCAAAAUUUAGUCGGCAUGAACCCUUCAGACCAAACUCUGGGAGGCCCUAAUAUGCCUGGGCAGCCCUUAAACAACCCUAAUCCCUCAGGGCAGUGCAUGGGAGGUCCUGCUAAGCCACCAGUUGGAGCACCAUCUUCUGGGCAACCUGUGGGAAUGCAGAAUUCCUUACCUCCCGGUAUGAAUGACCCGAAUUCAUCGGGACCUAUGGGAAUGACCAAUCACUUGGGCCAAACCUUAGGUCAGAGUCACGCAGAAAAUUCCGUAGGCAUGGGUAAUCUCACCGGCCCUGAUGGAGCACCUUUGAAUUCCAUGAACUCAACAGGUCAGAAUAUGGUUGUCAACAAUUCGCCAGGGCAGCCUGGCUGUCAGCCAAAUGCUAACCAGCACAGAACAGCAUCUCCGUUUGUUUCUGGUUCCAACAGCCAACAAAUGUCCAGUGACCACAGUCCGAUGACUCCUGCUACCCCUGCCACUCCAGCCACACCUGCUACUCCCGCUCCUUCCACCCCAACCACAGCAGCAACCAACGCCGAAGAAAAAAUGAAGACCGAAACAAUGGUUAAGAAAGAAGCAGGUGAGGAUGGUGACAUGUCAGCUGCAAAGAAAGAGGAGCUGAAAGAAGAAGAGGGAGAAAAUGGGGAGGAGAAAAAGGAGGAAAAGAAAGAAGAAGUGAAAAAAGAAGAAAUGACUCUAGACUGGACCGAGGGUUUGUUCGAAAAUUAUGUACCUGGCUCAUUAACUUCAUCGGCUAAAGUUCAAGUGUUCUUCCAGAUUGUGGAUGGAUCUGUGCGAGUCGGUGAUAAACUACUGGUAUUUUCCCAGUCACUUUUUACCUUGUCUCUUCUAGAAGAAUUUUUACAAAGAUCUUAUAUUCCUGGGACAUUUGAAGGAUGGCUAAGAAAUCGUUCAUAUUUCAGACUUGAUGGCAGUACAUCAGCACAAGAAAGAGAAAAGUUAAUCAAUGAAUUUAAUGCCAAUCCUAAUGUCAAAUUGUUUUUAGUUUCAACAAGAGCGGGAAGUUUAGGAAUCAAUUUAGUUGGGGCUAACAGAGUAAUUGUGUUUGACGCAUCAUUCAAUCCAUGCCACGACACGCAGGCAGUUUGUCGUGUAUAUCGUUACGGUCAGAAAAAGGAGUGUCAUAUUUAUCGACUAGUGACGGACAACUCUCUCGAAAAGCGCAUAUACGAUAGACAAGUUAACAAGCAAGGAAUUGCUGAUCGUAUCGUCGAUGAAAUGAAUCCAGAUGCUCAUUUAUCAUCCAAGGAAAUUAGUAAUCUCUUAGUAGAAAAUGAAAGUGACCCUGACCCCGUUGACCUGACUGAAAAAGCGGAUAAAUACAAAGACACCAUCUUGGGCGAUGUCGUCCGUCUGCAUGGGAACCUUUUCACCAAAGCACCGUUCAAGCAUGAAAGUUUGCUAGUUGACCGAAAGGACAAGAAAUUAUCCAGAGCAGAAAAGAGGCUUGCAAAGAGGUCCUACGAGUUAGAAAAGCAGGCUAACAUCAGCUACAGCAGGCCUUCGUACGCUGCUUUCUAUCCUAAGAACCAGCAAGGUCAGCAAGUCAUCAUGGGUACUAAGAUUGGCGGUGUGAUGUACUCAAAACCUGUGGGUACCGUUCGACCCCUUCAGGCAGAAAUGGGACAUAGACUUGAAGGCGGGGGAAUAAUACAUCGUCCAAAUAUUCUUUCCAGAUCGGCUCAGCCAUCUUUCCCAGUGGAAGCCCUGGCGAAACAGGGUGUUUCUGUUCAACAGAUUACAGUCCCUAAAGAGGUUAGCAUUCCCACAAAUUCUGGUGAUGGGAAACCAAUUCUUCUGAAAUCCGGGCAGUCUGUCAUGGUCAUUAAGACCCAGAAAGGUAUCUACUUGCGUCUUGCGGAUGGCAAGAUAGUAGCUAUUCGAGUUCCUCCUGGAAACGAAGAAGUGUUUGGGCUGCCACUGAACAAAGGAAGCGUGACCAUCGUGCCCACAAUAGUGAAUACACCUCGCCCACGAAUGCAACAUCCUGGGGGACGGGGAGGGGCCAGGAGAGGCCGUCCACCAAUGGCAAUGCAAUAUGCAACUGGAAAUAUCAUCACAAAGGGUCAAAUGCCAGUUAGAAUAAUGAAAAAACCUGCUACUGCUGUUGGAAGAGGUGGGAAAGGUUUUCAGGGCAUUGUAGUGCCAGUUACCUCUCGAGGCUCAGCUCCACAGGCACUCUUGAACAAAAGUGUCGUGAUCACCCCAGCCACAAAGCCUGGACUCACUUCCACGGCAAAAGCUGUGCGAAAUCUCAAACUUAACCCCAAAGUGACUGUAACUCCCACAACUAAGACUCUUUCUUCUUCUUCCACUGUCAAUCCCAUUGUUACUCCUAAAAUAACAAUUAGCCCUUCGGUAAAAUCAGGUUCAGAUCAAUCCAAUACGGGCACUUUAGAGGUGAUAAGUGGAUUACCAGGCACCAGUGGAGUGAGUAAGAUAUCCAAAAGGGUUACACUUUCUCAGUUGGCCAAGUUACGUAAAGUUCCCGAAAUUAAGAAGGAGCCCAAGGUAGAUGGAACAGAGAAGUCUUCAGAAGAAGCUGGUUUUUCAGAGAAAGCAAAAAUUGAUGGGUCUCAGCUGUUGACAGACAAGGAAAGAAUGGAGGAAGAUGUCACAAAGAAUCAGGGCACCGAAGACUGUGAAACUUCCCUAAGCCUGAUGAACAUGGAGGGUCUUGAUGACAGUAGUAAAGAUCACAGUUUAGCUGAUGAACUAGAUGAUUUGCCCACAUCAGCUAGUGAGAAUGAAAUGAGUGAUGACAUGGGUACUGGACAUAGUGACCAUUUCAAUGAAAAUUCAGUUGAAAUGCCACCUAUGGGACAAGACGGCAAGAAUAAAGAAGCCAACACAGAAAACACUUCCGAAAUGUUACAGCCACCUGAUGAUUCAAGUGCAAUGAACAGAGGUGAUGUCUCCAGUAAUUCAAGAUUAGAGUUAGAAAAUAAUGUAGGUAAUCAGUCAGAAAGGAGCACUCCAUCUCACCAGUCCAAUGAAUUGUCAAUGGGAACUCCUUCCAAGAAUGCCAUCGGAUUUGGAAUGGGAGAAAUUACCAAGCCCUUACCGACGUCCGUCGCAAGUAGUGACGAUAGCCGCACCGGCAUCGUGAGGCCACAAAUUAGUAAAUCGCCAAAUAAACCCACUGCAUGUUUGACUCCUCUGCAGUCGAUGAGUAACUUGCUACCCCCUGGUGGUCCGGGUCCACCGGAGACCACGUCAAACACGAGCCAAGCCGCAACCCCUGUUUCGACUGUUCCAAACUUACCGUCUUUUCCGACACAAACCUUCCAGUCUUCUCAACCACUCUUCCAACCUUUUUUGCAACAGCAACAACAGCAACAGCAGCAACAACAACAACAACAACAACAGCAGUCAAGUGGUAUUAGUAGUAGCAAUAAUAUUAGUAGUAGCAACACCAGCACUGGGAGCAACACCAUAACUACCAGUAGCAGCAGUAGCAGCAGUAGUAGCACUUGGUCCAAGGGUCCUCUGGAUGCUGUCUCUAGUGCCAGUCUAGGAACUAAUGUUGCCCAGGUGGCCCCACAUGUGCAUCAGUCUGGCGUAUCUUCCGCGAGUACCUUUACAUCUCAGUCGUCAUUUUUACCUUCGACCAGUCAAGCACAAUUCAGUAGUACAGCAGGAAGUUUUGGAUCGCUGCCUGGCGUGAGUACGACACAGUCUUCUCAGCAGGGACCUACACCAUCUUUUACAGAAAGCCAACAGAUAUCCCAGCAGCAGCAGCAACAACAACCAAUUCAGCAGUCACCUCAGAGCUCCAUAAGUUCUACUCUCUCUCAUGCUAGUGGUGGGCUGGUUCCCACUUCUCGUAGUGGUGGACUUGGAGGCCCUGAUAGCCCACUUAGUUUAUCUCAUUUGCUAAAUUCACAAACCUUUGAUCCUGUCCCAGAAGACCUGAGUUCACCCCACAGUCACGCAUCGGCCCUUGACUACCUCAACUACACGUUAUCCACAGGCACCAGUGCCUUCCGUCGCCCCGAUUACCAAGCAACCCUGAACCCUGACAUACAGUCAUUGAUAAAUUCAGCAAGCACCCAGCAGCCUCUUGCAUCCUCUCUCCCAAGUGCUGCUCCUACAAACCCAACUGUAACUUCACCUUCUCCCUUCCCAUCUUACCAAGCUGCUCCUUACUCUCAGUACGCUGCUCCCUACCGAGCAGGAACUUCUGUGUCUCCCAGUCCAUAUGCAGCCUAUGCUGGUCAGUAUCCUCCAUAUGCUACCCAGUAUCCACCUAGCCUAGCCCCACAUGCUGCAAGCACCCCCCAGCCCCCUACUAUGGGUCAGUAUGGAGCCCUCCAUGCUCCACCCAAUCCAUACCAGAGUUACCCAGCUCCUCCAACAGCAGGUAGAUCUCCAUACCCGUCAACCCUUGGCAGUUUUAGUCAUGGUCCGUACCCUCCCAUAUGAGGUGUUCUAAAUUUUGAAACUGUAAAUCAUUAGAAUUGGUAACAGAAGGACUAAAUUUCUAAUAGAUUGAAUAUGACCUAGUUAUUCCAUAUGUUACUGCAAAUGUAAGUGUUGUAUACUUUUAAGUGGCUUAAACAAUCAAUCCAUUAGAUGAUAAAUCUCAUUUAAUAUUAUAUUUGGCAGAUGAAGAGUGCCCAGAUAGCUCGGAACAAUAACUGUGCAAGACUUGGGACCAUGUUCCCCCCAUUCCACUUUGUGAUGAAUCAGAAGCGACAGUUGUAUGCAGUGGCAUGUGGUGUUUCUGUUUACAUUUUAAUUUCAGGAGUCGGCAAGAAGCGUGACCUGUUUUAUUUGACUUUGUAGAUUUUAUGAGUGUGCCACUGACAUGUUUUUUUUAGGUCCAAGAUCCCUGAUUUGACAUUGUUGGCAGAACUUGGAGUUGCAUCUUAGCCGUGAUUCACGAGAAAUCCCAAGCAGCCCAGGGGAGAUAGGCGUGUAAUUGAUGACGAACUCCUUUCGUGAAAACUCGGGCAUGAUUGUGUUGUGCCCUUUGUAAUUCUUAGAGCAUUUACACUAGCCUAGAGUAACAUUCACAGUUCUCUUUCUUCAUGUAGCAUCACUAAAAACAUUUACUGUUUGUCUACUACAGUAUGCACUGUUGUGUUGGGAGGGGACUCAUUGUGUACAUAAUCACAACCCCGAUUGAAAUUACUGUAUGACAUGUAGUGAAAAAACUUUGUGUUGCUUAACCAUUUUUAAUUCUUCAGAUUAUAGAUUGUACAUAACAAAAAUUCUCAAAUGUUGUGAAGAAGUUAUAUGACUUUAUUGCAAUUGUAGUCAGUCACAGAACACAAUUAUGGCAAUUGCAAUUAUAAUUUUUAUAUUUAUUUUGCAUUAAUAUUUAUAGGUUCUGAAUGUGAAAAUGCAAGUAGAGGAUAGACCUUCUCCUAUUUUCAUGAUACGCUUACCUUGUAACAGUAUUUAUUGUACCAUGGUAUGUACAUAAUAAAAAUGUCUUCAUAAUCA